CCACUUUUGACUCUUUAACACAUUUUAAGGACCAGUCUCUGCAUUUAGUCCCUUGCCCUCUUCUGUGUUUUCAAGCUUUUUUCUUCAGAUCUAAGCACUUUCAUCUGUGAUAUCGCCUGCAAUUUCUUUCAAUAUGUCUUCCACAGCAUCUUCAUCUUCGUCCUCUGUCGUUACGCCUUCCCAACGCAUUGAUGAAAUUCUAAUGACAAGCGCAGAAAAGCCAAAUUUCGAUCUUAGCCAAUUAAUCGAGCACAUUGAUGCUCUUCUUGUUCAUUACGGCGCUCAGCCGCGAAAGAAGAAUCCGAUCCGAGAGAAGUUGGGUGAGCUCCCGUCUGCAGCAGGGGCUUCCAAUUUAGCAGAGCAGGUGUCAACAAAUGUGAAACAGAUUGCCAAUGAGAUAAAAGAAUGUUCUGGAAACAAACAUGAAACAAGCAUAGCAGUGUUGAAUGCUAUUGGAAAUGUUCAUUGGAUUGCAGUGGGUUUCUUAGUGGUGGGUGCAGUUUUAAAUGUUGUAGACACCAUUGAAAAUAACAAGGAGGAGUGUUUCAGACUUCUCAAAUCUAUGAAUGAUUUAGCCAAAGUAAUCCUCCAGCUUCAGCGCCUUCCUACUUUGAAGGAGUUACACAUGAAAUUGAAGGAGUCUAUAAAUUUAAUUGUUGAUGGAGCCAUUUUAUGUUGUUCCCAAAAGAAAAAAAAAAUGUUUAUUAAAAGGGUGUUCAAAGCGUCAACAGAUGGACAAGAGCUUCAAAAGCUUAGCAAGGACAUAGAUGACAUGUGUAAGUUCCUUAGUUUGCAAAUAAACGUUUCUACUUUGGAAGCAAUGCAAAACUUUCAGACAGUCAGUCCAACCCCUAUUCCCGCUCUCAACAAUGAUGCAGUUGGAAUAAAAGAUAAAAUUGAAGAAGUCAUUCAACAACUAGAUUGGGAAAAUGAUAGUGUAACAACAACAGCAGUGAUUGUAUAUGGUAUUGGAGGCUCUGGCAAGACCACCCUAGCUGAUGCAGUUUAUACCUCUCUUAAGGACAAACUUCAUGGGUGGAAACAUUCAAAAAUUACUCUCAUUCAAAAUCUGAAAGAAGAUCCCAAAGUUGAAGAUCUCCAAUCUUUGAUUUUACAGGAUUUGACUGCCACCAAACAAGAUGUAAGAGAUUUUGAAAGUGGACGACAGAGUUUGAAAGAAAUCAUAGAAAAAGAAUCUAUCUUUCUAUAUAUCGACAAUGUUUUGUUUCUGGAACCAUUGAAAAAGCUUCUGCCUAAGGAUAUCGCAAGUGCAAAAAAACUUAGGUUACUUUUAACAGCCAGAGAAACAACUGUCUCCCAAGUAAUUGAAGGUUGUGAAAUUGAACCUUGCAAACUCUAUCACAUGGAACCUCUUUCUGAUGAUGCAGCUCUUCAAGUCUUAUGUAGGAAAAUUGAUAAAAAAAGAGAAAAAGACUCCAUAUUACAAGAGAGACCUCAGGCCAAGAAGAUAGCAGAGAAAUGUAGUUGUUGUCCUUUGUUUUUAGAAGUUAUUGGAGCUUAUAUUCAUCAACGGAAGAACUCAGUUGAAGCUUAUGAGCGAGUACUUGAUUGGCUACAGUCUGGAGAGGAUUUUGGUGGCAGUGAGAAGUAUAGUUUUGAUGAGCAAAGGGUUCUAUUUUCCUACGAUGGACUUAAAUCAAGUGCUAAGGAGGCAUUCCUUGAUUUAUGUUCGUUCUUCUAUGGUCCGGUGUGGAAGUGGGAGUGGGAUGAUAUGGCAUGUAUUUUGGGAGACGAAGAAAUGGAAUGUCUUCAAGAAGGAGCUCUCAUCAAAAGAGAAGAUAAGAGGAUAAAGAUUCAUGAUCUUAUUCUAGCUGCUGGACGAAAUAAAUCCAAGGACAGUAGGUUAAAUGAUGUUGAAGACUUUUCUUUGGCCUUGAAAAAUAAGGAGCCCGUUUCUCAGGUAAAAGGAAUAUGGAUGGAAAAUUACAGUAGUCCUUCCCUAUUAUCAGCAGAAGAGUUAGAUACCACGAGCCGUUCUCUGCGAGUAUUUUAUAUGAAUGAGGCGGCAACUGUGAAAGGGAAAUGCCGCGAACAUUUCGACAAUCUAAGGUUUCUUCAUGUUGAAAGGCGGCUACCCGAUUUACCAAUCACUAUCUUCCACCACAAGCAUUUGAGAUACCUGUCAAUAAAUAGCUUUAAGGAGGAUAUCAUUUUGAGUCCGUCCAUGAAUCUUCCAAAUUUAAACGUGCUCAAAUUCAGGUGUUGCAGAAUACAUGGAAUCGCUGAAAUUGCGCAUCUUCGUUCAUUAAAGCAGCUGGAUUUGAGCGGAUGCAAUACAGAUGGAAUUUCGCAAUGUUUUUUAAAUUUGCAUAAUCUGCGAAGGCUAAAACUGUCCUCCUGUGAGGACGUAACAGAAUUGCCCGAAUCUCUUGUCAAUCUCCGAUCUUUAGAGGAGUUGCAUUUGGUUUCAUGUAGUAAUCUGAAGCGGUUGCCAGCUGGAUUUGGGGAGUUGGUCAGUCUUACUGUACUUUACCUGUCAUAUUGCUCGAGUUUGCAAGAGCUUCCGUGCGAUUUGGAAAAGCUUCCCUCAUUGCAGUCAUUGAAUAUAAGCAGCUGUUCCAGUCUGCUUUGCCUCCCGGCUGGAUUGGAAAACUCAACGUCUUUAAUUUCAUUAGAAAUAAGUGGGUGUACAAGUCUGAAAUGUCUUCCCGAUAGCAUUGGAGGGAUGUCUGUGUGGGGAUCCAAUAUAAAUUUUAUUAGUUGUUCAAGUUUAAGUGAACUACCAGUAGAAAUUUGCAAACAUGCAAUGCUCACAAACAUUUCAUUAAUGCGUUGUUCUAGUUUGAAGAUGCUUCCCAGCGGGUUCGGUGAGCUCACUUGCCUGCAACAUUUAUCCUUAUCAGGAUGUGAAAGCUUACAAGAACUGUGUAACGAUUUCCAUUGUCUAGUAGGAUUGAAAACAGUAGACUUGAGAGAUUGCAAGAGUUUGUCAAGCCUGCCUCUGGAUUUUGGGAAACUUAGUUCUCUAGAAACCUUAGAUUUAUCAAGAUGUGAUAGACUGGAGGAAUUGUGCAGUGACUUCCAUUGCCUUGGAGCACUAAAAUAUCUAUAUCUGUCAAACUGUAAUAGUAUAUGCAAACUUCCAGACCGUUUUGGUGAGCUUAGCUGCUUGGAAAGAUUAGAUCUAUCAGGAUGCUCUAAUUUAGUAAAGCUUUCUGAUGAUUUCCAUCUUCUCCGAUCUUUGACAAGUUUGAACCUUUCCAAAUGUGAGAAUUUGGGCGGUGAAUGGAUGGAUAGUGCGGGGAGUAUGAGGAGCUUAUGGCGCUUCGACAUUGUGCACAGUGAAAGAAUGAUACAGCGGUGGAUGGAAACAAAAAGCCAAAAAGAAAGGAACCUGGUGGUGGUAACGGACUUCCCUCAGGGUAGUGAAGGAGAAACGGCUUUUUUGUUGGAAGGGGUGUUAUCAAAGAUAUUUGAUGAGGAAGGGCUUCUCCUUGACGCUCAUCAACACCCCUUCAAUUCAUCCUCACUUCAACCACAAACUCCUCUCAUCUUCAUCAUCGAUUCAGAAUAUGACUUCAGCCACGAAUGGGGAACAUUAGGAAAGAACCUGCAGCAGCUGCAAUGUACUUCAAAAGAGAUGCGAAUCAUAUAUGUUGGGCGCCGUUUUAAAUCAAUGACAUCUGAGUUGCCUGUCAGAAUUCUGGCUUAUACACCUGACAACUCCCAGACUUCCUCUUUCUGUCAUAAAUUAUCUGCUAUGUUUAACGCUAGAAGAAGCAUCGCAGUUUUCCGGAGCACUGAUCAAUUAGAACAAAACGGCCUAAAAUGCUUGUCAGCGUGGGAAGAUAUAUCUUUUAUAUUGGAUCGGGUGGACUUUCUCACAAACACUCCGAGAGAGAGCAAUAUUGAAUUGCUAAGAGAAUUGCUGGUAACUGAAAAAACAGAUUACCUGUUGCUCAAGGAGAAUCUUCAGGUAAAGGUUGCCGAUCUACAAGGAAAAUUGAUAUUACUGCUCGUCACAGAUCUUGAUGAAAACCAAGUGAUCGCCUCGGCCGUGAAAGAAAUGUAUCUGAAGAUGCAAGAGAGCCAUGACCAUCUGCUCCAAGUUGUUUGGGUUCCAAUUCCUUGGUAUAACAAUUCAUCAUGGGAGGAGUUUGAGAGAGCGGCUGCCAAUGCUCCGUGGCCAGUGGUACCAAAUCCAUGGUUGAUAAAGGAACGAAUAAAAUCUUUAAUUGGAGAGUGGACGCAAAUACCAUGCAUUUGUGUGGUGGACGAGAAGGGAAGGAUUUCAAACAAAGAUGCAAUGGCGACGAUAGACAGGUGGGGGGUAGAGGCGUACCCAUUUUCUCAAGGUCGUGAAGAAGAACUGUGGAAGGCAGAGUGGGAGGAAAUCAAAUUCAAUUCUUUACCCACUGUGCAAUUUGUCUUUCAAAAUCUGGAGUUCCUCCCAAACAAGGCGAAGGAGAUGAUGGAUCGUGGAGCAAUGAUGUUGAUCUGCGUGGGUCCAGCUAAAGAGAUGAUGGAGCUCGCCCCCGACUUGAAUUGUGCUUUGACAAUGUUGGAAAUGGAGUUGCAGGUCUUUUAUGUUGCUCGCAGCGACAUCAGUCCAAGUGAUCAUGAUGAUAUGUGUUGGCAAAAGCUAAAACAAAAUGAGUCGGAGAUGUGUAGCAUAGCAACCCUCUCCUCGUCUGAUAUAUACAAAUUUUGGAGGCGUGUUAAGCAUUUGCAAAAUGACUUAAUAAAUGGAAUGGGAACAGAUGAAAGGAUAGUGAACGUGAGAAGAAUGGUAUUGGGUCUUGCUAGUGCAGAGUAUAAGAGGUGGGAGGGAAUAAGAAUAUUGGUGGUGGAUGGAAAUGGUGAGAUUGUAAGUGUGAAGGGAAUGGAAUUGGUGGAACUACUCUGUCACGGUGACGAAGAUAGCAAGGAAAAAUUGGUUGAGGACAUAAAAAAGAAAGGAGUUGGAAAAAGUGUGGAGAGCAGAUGGAGAGAUGGAAUCAUCCAUCCUAAACAUUAUCCCCAACAUCAUCUCCUCAAACUACGGAAUUCAUAUGGCAUCCGUUGCAGUUUAUGCGGUGAGCAAGGGUAUCGAAUAUAUCAAUGCAAUGUAUGCGAAAAAUAUGGAAUGUGUAGAGAAUGCUCUGAGAGUAGUGUCUAAAUGAAAGCACUGUCAUCUUUCAAUUAUAUUUACACAAUAUUACUCUUGUUAAAGUUAUGUGGUCAAUUCCCUCAAUACUUUAUUUGAAAUUGUUUUAAAAUAUUUAUGGACGGCGGUUAAAUUUAAAUUUUAUAAAAUUUCAAUCUUUUAUUCA